AUUUUGGAAUCCUAUCGAGGGCGCCUAGUUAGGGAGAGGAAAAGAAUUAGGGACGCAGCCGGUGCAGGAGUUGAUCAUGCUAAGCUUAUAUUUUGUACUAACUGUGUUGCAUGUUACAUUUUGUGGAGCUUCGGGAAAAGAUGAUGGCGGUUGUGCUUUUGCGCCCUCUUGGCUUGACUCAGUGGUCAUGUCGAUGAAGAUUAGUAAACAAGGCUUCCACAGGGACCUUGUUUAUGAGGUUCGACAUGAGCCGCGAUCACGUCCUGUCAAGGCUCUGCUUCUUCACAGACUGCCCAGUGGAGUUUACAUGGAUCAGUAUCAGCUUGCAGAUUUGAGGGAGGAGAUGGGAUUACAGGUGCUCCUAGAUUCAGCUUUAGAUCUCGAGAGCCCGGCCCACAUUUCCUCCGCUUUCUCUGCACUGGUUUUCCUCAGCCCUCCUGAGCCUCUACAGGCAGCAGUUCCUGUCCAUGGCCGGUACCACAAGGCGUCUAGUUCAGGAGGAUGGGAACAUGUGAUCAUCGAUCCGCCAAAAUUGCUGCUUCGUCCAGAACACUGUGACACUGUAGACCCUGGAUUACCACACAGGCUGGUUGAUGCACCUUGCACAAUUCACAACCAGAGUUUAUGUUCAUGGUUGGAGAUCCAUGGAUUACAGGUGUCAAAAGUGAGUCUCGAGCUUCCAGUGGGCGAUUCCUCGCUGACCAUCCCAGUGUGUGCAGUAACAACACUAGUAUCUCUGCUGUGUAGUGCGUUUCUCUUCAGGGCCGUCUGGAAACGAGGCAUCUUCUGAAACUGUAACAGGGGUGACAAAAACUAUAUAUUGUAUAUAUGUACAGUCAUUAUUCUGUACACUGCAGUCUGACCUGUAUAUGUUGUAUUUUUCUUUUUACAAUAAAUUUUUAACCAUUAA